UUGUCAAGCUGUGGCAGGACCUGCGUGAUCCUGGGUGUGUCGCAGUGAGAGAGAGAAAACCACACAGAGCCAGAACAAGUCUUUCUCUCUUUCCUUCUUUCACUGGAUCACUUUCUGUCUUCAGGAGGAGAGUCUGAAGGACAGUGCGACUCAGCGAUAUACCAGCGGAUGCUACAUUUUUAGAGUCUCCUCUUUUUAUUGGACACAAUGGCUUCAACAUCACCACCGUUCUCUCUGUCCAAGGCCAACAGUACCUUCUCUCUGGAUCUGUUCAAAAAGCUGAGUGACGACGACAAGACGGCGAAUAUCUUCUACUCUCCCCUCAGCAUCUCGUCUGCUCUGGCCAUGGUGAUGCUGGGGGCCAGAGCCAACACGGCUGCACAGAUGUCGGAGGUCCUGGGCUUCAGCGAGGGAGACCAACCGAAGGAGGAAGGGGACCAACCGAAGGAGGAGGGGGACCAACCAAUGGAAGAACAGCAGUCGCAGCUGAGGACGCAGAUGCAUUACCCUUUUGAGAGGCAGAUGCAGACUCGGCUGCAGAUGAAGAUGCAGCUGCAGAUAAAAAGCAAGCUGCCAGCGUACCUGCGCCAGUGCCUCAAACCAGAGAAUGGUGACGAUGAAGUCCACGCUAAGUUUGGUGAGCUGCUGAGCGAGCUCAACAAGGAGGACGCUCCGUAUGCGCUCAGUGUCGCCAACAGGCUGUACGGAGAGAAGUCCUACAGAUUUAAUAAGGAAUACAUAGCAGACACAAAAAAACACUACAACGCUGAGCUGAAGUCUGUGGAUUUCAAAAAGAAGGCAGAGGAAGCCCGGGUCCACAUCAACGACUGGGUUGAGAAGAACACACAAGGUAAAAUCAAGGACCUGCUGGCUGAGGGUGCAGUGGACGACAUGACCCGGCUGGCGCUGAUCAACGCCGUCUACUUCAAGGGAACAUGGGACCAACAGUUCAAGGAGCAGGACACUGUGGAGUAUCAGUUUAGAGUAAAUAAGAACGACACCAAACUGGUGAAGAUGAUGCAAAAGAAGAGCAAAUUCGCUCACAGGUCCAUUCCUGAGAUCAACAUCAAGGUUCUAGAGAUGCCCUACAAAGGGGAGGACCUCAGUAUGAUCAUCUUCCUGCCCCAUGAUAUCGAGGACGACAGCACAGGCCUGGAGAAUCUGGAGACGGAGCUGACCCAUCAGAAGUUUGUGGAUUGGUCUCGUCCUGACAUGAUGGAUCAGGGUACGGUGGAGGUGAAACUUCCUCGAUUCAAGCUGGAGGAGACGUACGAACUGAACAACGUCCUGAAGAAGAUGGGCAUGUUGGAUGCUUUCGAUGUCGCCAUGAGUGACUUCUCUGGCAUGUCUCCAGCCAACGACCUGUUCCUGUCCAAGGUCGUCCACAAGGCGUUUGUGGACGUGAACGAGGAGGGGACGGAGGCGGCCGCUGCCACUGGUAUCGUCAUGGGGAUACGCUCUAUCGACAUCCCUUUCACCUUCAUCGCUGACCACCCCUUCCUCUUCUUCAUCAAACACAUCCCCACCAAGACCACCCUCUUUGCAGGUCGAUACUGCAGCCCAGAGUGAACCCGGCUGGAGGUCCUGCAGACACGGAGGGAUGUGAGGGACUAAAAGACGUGUGGGUUGUGUCUCUUCUCUUGUUUUCUGUUUAUUUUCGGUUGCUCUCUGUUCUUCGAUGCUUGCAUGUGUCUCCUUGUAGUUUUGUGUCUCUUUGUAGUUGUUUCCAGCCUCUUUAAAGUUUGAUUGACUUCAACAAAAAAAAAAAUAUUAA